AUGGCAUCAGAGACGACCAAGCCCGCCGAGACGGCCGCCGCCCCCGCGGACCAGAAGCAACAAGAGCCCACCAAGCCCACCGUCCUGGGCGAGGACGACGAGUUUGAGGAUUUCCCCGUCGACGACUGGCCAGACAACGAGACCGAAGCCGCCGCCCAGGCCGCCAGCGGGGGCGAGUCCUCCAAGCACCUCUGGGAGGAGAGCUGGGACGACGACGACACGAGCGACGACUUCUCCGCGCAGCUCAAGUAUGUUGACCAGCGUCCUUCACCUACCCAACACAGCUCCCAAAGCCGAUGCCUAUGA